UGAUGCAAACAUUCAAGCUGUUUGGGGAAAAAUAUCAAAAUAAGUUUUGUUUGCGCUAUUACCGUUUGUUUUUCACCUUUGUCUUGUUAUGAAUACCAGUUUAAAUACAACGUCGCCACAAGAAUUCUGGGUCGAAUUCAUUGAGUUGUACAAAUCAUUGCCAGUGCUGUGGAAAUAUGGAAGUGAAGUAUAUAAGGAUCGACAGGGGAAGAAGCGUGCCUAUUUGGAGCUAGUGAAAAAAAUGCGCGAAGUUGAUCCAACAGCUACUGUUGAUACGGUAAAAAAAAAAAUCAACAGUUUGCGUUCCUGCUAUAGGCGCAAAAGGUAUAAAGCACAGGAAGAUAUCAAGCUAGGUAUGCAGCCUAAGAUCAAAUGGGUGUACUUCGAUCAUUUCAAUUUUCUACGCGAAUGCAAAGAAACAUCGAAAGUGGAGGAGGACAGUUGGGAAGAUUACUGUGAGGACAGUAGCUUUAGUAGAAUUAAUGAUGACAACUCAGCGCAGACCGAUGGUGAGGAGAGUGACGCGACUCUGCAGUACGAUCGUGAGAAAACCACUAGAACACCCACUUAUCAGUCGCCAUCACCUAGCUCAAAUACGUGGCGCAAUGAUUCAAUAGAUAUGUCGUAUCAGCGAACAAGUCAACCACCCAACGAUGACGCCGAUAUUGUUAAUAUGGCUCUAAAAAUAACAGCUCAACACAAAUUCUGGAUAGAGUUUAUUAAGUUGUACCGUUCAAAGCCAGAGCUUUGGAAGACUGGCAGCGAAGUGUAUAAAGAUCGUGAAGCAAAAAAUAGUGCUUACCUCGAGCUGGCAGAGAAAAUGCGCGAAAUUGAUCCAAACGCUGAUGUGGAUAUGGUAAAGAGAAAAAUCAACAGUUUACGAUCGAUAUAUAGGCGUAAAUUGCACAAAACAAAAAGAGCAAUCAGACUGGGCAAACGACCCGAAAAUAAGUGGGUAUAUUUCGAUCACUUCUCUUUUCUGCACGAGUGCAAAGACCCGCUGGAAGAGGAAGACGACGAUUGGAAUCACUGUGAAGAUAGUAGGUUUGAUAAACUCGAUGAUACUUGUGAUAACACUUUGCAGAAUGAUGCUGAUGAGGAUGAAUUGAUUGUGGAAUUGACGCCUCCGAAGAACAAUACAAAUCGCGCAUAUGGUUUGCCUGCACCUAGUUCAAAAAGGAUUUGUACUGAGCAGAGGGGUACAUCCUAUAAGCAAGUGAAACAAUUCAACGAUGAAGCCGAUAUUGUGGGUAUAAGUUGGGCGUAUCAAUAUCGCAGCUUAACCGACACUCAAAAACUAUUUGCUAAGAAAGCUAUUGACGAUAUUCUAUUCGAGGCCCGUUUAGAGACUCUACAUAGAAAUUCAGUAAGAAUUAAUUCGAAUAACUGUAGCAAAUGUAAAAUGGGAAACGCAGAUGGGUUUAUGUAACUUCAUGUAUUGGGGCAAACAGGCAAGGUUGACCAUUCGAGUGUAUUUUUGUCAUGAAGAAGUUCCUCAAAGAAAUAUCGGCCUACAGUUAUAAGCCGACUCCAAACGGCAGAUAUUUUUAUGUAUAUAUAUACAUUAGAAAUUAUUUCGCUAUUGCAUUAAAGUUGCCAUUAAUAGCUUCGUGUUGACGUAAUUUUUAAUACUAAUUCUCAUAAUCAAAUAGUCACCAAACAAAUUCGGUUAUUUGGAGCUCUUUGUGAAAUGUUAGGGAUGCAGACGUUUUAAAUAAAGUUGUGUAAUAUUCGGGUGUGUUCGAGUUGUAAUCACUUGCGCUGUGUUGCACUAUUUUUUAAAGUAUCUGGAAACGUAUAGCAAUCCAACUGUCGCAAAGUGCCUGCUAAUUUUGUGUGCAAAGUUUUUAAAUCGGCAUCAUAAAAAUUAAUUUUGCAUGUUUACCGUAUUCUUUUCUUCAUCAUUUUCAUUACCGUCAAUAUCGAUAUUAUC